CCGGAGAAGCAGCCGACAGCAGCACCAGCACACACGGUUCCACCGCUGCGGAGAAGCCUCGCUGCUCUCGGUCCGAGCAGUCUGCGGCGAUCAUCGGUCCUCACGGUCCUCCGUAUGGCCAUGCGUUCCGACAUCCUCGAUACCGCACUAAAAUUCCAUCCAUCGCGAUAUUCAAACGUCGCCGCCAAUCUCGAAGAACACGCUUCGGUACCGAUCUUCGGACCACGCCACGGAAACGAAGCUGGAGAACGAAAUUUCGCUUACACCUUCGCGAUCGAUAUUGAUCGAGAAUCAAGAAAUAAUAUCGUCGCAAAAGGGAGAGAUACGUCUAAUGUACAUUCGAAGAGAUUUUUCAAUUUUCAAGAAUUCCUGUUAAGCUGGUGUACAGGGAGUAAAUUUGUUUUAUCUGGAAAGUGUAAAGGCAGAUGUGAAGGUGGGGAAAUUGUAUGCAGUUGGAGUUAUUCGAAAUUCCCGCCCGGUGUUGUUGAUUCGACACGAAACAGUUUCGAUCGUAAAGUCGAACGUCUGGUCGUAAAGCAGUCUAAGGACACUGUAUCUAUCGAGAACACUGUACGCAGAGUAUUUGUUGAAGUUUUGUUGAUACACAUCGUAACUAUCGCACACGCACCCCGAACUUGCUACGCUUCGCACGCGGGAGGACCAACUCGUACCUACGGUCCACCUAUCGCUCCACAACCCGACGAUCGAGUCAGUGUUACUCUUGAUUUCCGCGCGAGCGCCGGUCUCGGCUUACCGGGGACGAUACCUACGCUCCGCUUCAUUCGUUUUCGACGAUCCCCGGCGUCUCGGUCGCCGUGCGAUCGGACUUGUCAAACAGAUCCUUCGAUAAAUCGAUCGAAGUGCAGUUCUCUUGGAUAUCGAUCCGCCAUCGAUGCUAUUCGUCGAUUAAAGUCGUUUAAAUUCCGUGAAACCGAAGGUGCGAUUCGUGUGAAGGAAAAAUAUCAUUGAAAAAUGUUCAGUGGUGUAAAUUUAUGGAGUUUUGUUUUUACGAUAAUCGUAUAUCGGUGCCGCAGCACGGAAGACUCGAAGAAUGUGUGUCGUAUUUAAUUUAUAUGAUGAUUUGUCUCGGCGAUAAUCUUCCGAUCGGAUUAUACGCAGAUGGACGAUCGAAAUCGAACGUUUGACCAAAUGUUCAGCUUUCAAGGUGAACGAGUGAGAUUUCUGUGCCAUUGAAUUUCCAUCGAACCGAGUUUCCAUAUUUUUCCAACAUUUGAAAUGUUCGCUCUUGUGCUCAAACUACGAAUAAACGAUCGUCUAAUAUACAGAGCGAGAUAAACCGUUAUCGAAGUAUGUGUACCGUGAUCUGUAUCGAUUCGAUAAACGUAAUUCUUCCGUUAUUUUCACGCUUUCAGAGGAAUUCAAUCGUUAGCCGGUAUUUUCACAUUUUUCUCUCGCUGCUUGUUUUCGUUAUCGAGAAUACAUGUGCUACCGGAUAAUUCGAUGCCUCGCAAGCUAUUUUUUAAAUGAAAAAUAUGUAAAGAAUAUCCGUGAUCAUAGGAAAUCUCGAUCAACAUCGAUGUACUUGGUGACGAGAGUCAGAAAAUGGGAAAAUCGUGAUUACGUGCAUAAUCAGCGACGGUCGUUACGAGCAGAGGUGAUAGACGACGGAAGUGAAAAGAUCGCAAGUGGCGCCAGUCUUUAAUUUCUAUCCUCCGAUAUAAUUAUUUCGAACAACUCGAGGGAAUUACGUAACGCCAAGAAGAAAUUGUAGCAUCGUAUAGACGAUCGUGUGCGUAGUAUGUGUCUGUGUGUGAACCGAAGUCUCUUGAAUCGAUGCACGCGAUACCGUGUUACAAUAAAUAUGUCGAUGGUACCGAAGUGCAAGAACAGGAAAUUCCGAUUGGUAAAUUCUGCGAUUUAUUAAAAAGCCGCAACGGUUUCGUUAGAAGGAUCAAAAAGAAGGUAACUGGUUUUGCAAGGGGACUCGGAGCUCUUCCCGAGACUGAUCGAAAUAUCGUACGAAGCUAUAACGAAUCAAUCGAUGACAACGGAGCGGAUCGAUGAUAAACAUUCUACGUAAUCUCGUCGGUCGAUCAUCCCCUCGAAUGACACGUCCGCUCGUCGUCGCGGAACGUAUCAAAUAAUCGUUAUUAUCAGAGGUGCUCGACGCCGGCUAGAUAACCGGGCCGAGAAAACGGAGCAACACCAGAUCAGAUCGCGAUCGAUCGCGAGAAACGAAAAUUACAGGAGAUCGAGGAAUUACAUUCUGAAGGAAAUUCCAUCGGCGCUGGGGGGGCUGGUUUCGUGGUGCACAGGAUCGGAAGGAAGUAACGUAUAGUUCUGGCUGUUAGCAUCUCGGAACAUCGUAUAUCUUGGCAGUAAUGCGCACAAAUUAUGCGUCUCGCGCCUCCACGGAGCAACGGCCACUGAGAAGAGAACAGCAGUUGCACCUUUACACUUACCGAUAAUCCUUACUUUUCUUCAUCUUUCAAUUCUUUUUUCUACCUUCUACCUAUAAUAGUCCGUUUCGGUUUCCACUCUUCUGGGUAAAGUUCCCACCGUCUUUUCUCGCCGUUUUGUUUCAUCGUCAGGAAAACUAUCAUCCGUCCGUCAGUUCGUUCAGAUGUAUAUAUAUAUUCGUGAAAUUUGUCUAGUUCGUUUCGACACCAACGCCUCUUCGGGCCACGAGAUGCAUUCUUCAUCUAUGUGACGUGUUGUACCUUCAUGCAGCGAGAAUCGUCCUGCGGCUGAGCAAGGUGCACAGUGCACGCACAUGUGACCGGUGUACCUUACGAGGAACUCUCUUUCGUGAUCAACGAAUUUCUGAAGAAUCAUUCUCCGUUUAAAUAAUCGACAUUUUGAAAGAGUUGAAGAAAGUGAAAAACAGUGACUGAACUUUCUUGAAACAAUACGGAUUUUCAGUAAAAACUAUAAUUUCAUUUGGGACUUUAAUUUCGUGUUUCGUAUUGAAUCGGUGCAACAGAAAUGUCAGUAUUGUUCUUUCGGAUCGAACGAUAGGAACCAGUGAGACGUAGCUUUCAAAUUUUCUGGGAUAAUCUCUCUGUUGGAGGAAUUCUUGUGACACUGUCGCACAGCUGUCAGUGAAAAUAGGAAACAUCGAAUACCGUUAUUCGGUAUCCUACCGAGGGUUCCCGUUUACCUAGAUCCCGAAAGUGAGCAGCCACGUGUUCAGUGCAAUUAGGUACAUACUUCUGAUUUUGAAGAUUGUCGAAGUGACCGUCAAUUGACUCGGAAAUUUUUGAAAUACCGUGAACAUAACUUGGAAUAUUGAUCAUCGUUUCCCAAGUUUUUUCAUUGAAAUCAAAUUUAAACAAAGUGUACAGCAAUAGUGAAAUUGUUUAGUGAAGAAGUAUUAGAAGAGAAGCAUAAAGUUUUCGACUUUUCACCAGAGGUUCUCAUCGUGCCUGUGUUAAGAAUAACAUCUGUGGAUUUUCCAGACGAAUUUUCUACGAAUGGUACCUGUAGGAAUUCGCGCGACACUGCUUCUGAUCGACGCGGAAGCCAUGUCACCGGAUCGGUACAACGGAUCGCGAGAAAUCGACGUAGAACCGGGAGAAUCGGAUCGGCUGGCGGACACCAUUUGGAUCGAGUGAAAUCAAACAGGAAAUAUUUUUGGCCAACAAUCGAGGAUCGACACGCGUGGUCGGUCCUAUCGCUUGCACCCUACGGCCUUCCCGCUGGCGUGGCCAGCUACUAUGCGAAUUGAAGUUCUCAAUACCCUCGUCGCGGUGGUUUUGCUGACCGCAGUCCUGUGCCCGCGGCUUGCUGCCGCCAACAACCUGACUUUAUCCUUCUCCCCUCGUAAGACCAGGGAACAUCCUUUCAGAGGACAUAUCUCUCGCAGGACUCAGACCUUGGACGACCCGACCAAGCGGUAUCGAGAGAUUCUGCGACAGGAAGGAGGCGAGCACGGCCUUCCAGUCGAUUGCUGCCCUACGGUGGAGGAAAUGGUGGAACCGGUCGGCGGUCGAAAUCGGGAAAACAUGUACGUCCAGCUGUAUCGGGAUGGCCAGAACGCCCAGAGGUUCUUCGAGUACUCCUGCAAGCCAGAAGUCCUCGACAAGCCGUGCCGGUUCAUCGACCGGAAGUUCAGUAACCAGUCCAGAUGUGUGCAGAAGUUCUCGUACACUUACGCUAUCGUUGAAAAUUCUGGAUCGACGGGUGGAAAGGAAGAACACGGGAGGCACCGGCACAGAGAACGGCUAAUCCCCACGUUUGCUGGGAACACAGUGGGUGGAUCAAUGUGGACGUUGGAUUACAUCAAGGUGCGAAGCGGUUGCAGCUGCGAGGUCAGCCCGAAACCGAAGAAGAAGAAGAAGUUUAAGAAGAGCAGGCCAAGGGACCAAGACUUCGAUCUGGAGCCGUGAGAUCUCUGCUUCUAGAUGAAUCAGAGCAGAUUCUUCCUCCGAUCUCGUAACACUACCGAAACGUUACAUCGAGCAACGACCAUGUUCAUUGAAUUUUACAGAUUCGACGGAAAUCGGUAUUAAAACGAUGAAGAACUUGAUCGAAUUAUACUCUACGAAAACGUUACCAGUGGAUGAGAACUUCGUUGUCUUUUAACGAAGAGAUUCGAGACCAUUCACGUUGCGUUAUUAAAAGUAUUCUUGAACACUGAAUGUGCCUUAUCGUGAAGUUUGUAUUUGUUUUUACUAAUGGAUCGACUAUUAUUUUAGAAUAUUUCUAUCGUUGUAUUUAUUAUUAUAUAUGUAUACAGUUUGAGAGUAUGUUUAAGGGUUAACGAUAGAAGUUUAGAGAGAAAAUUCUGUCAUACUAUUAUUCCGUUUAUUUUUGAUAAGAUUGUAAGGUUUAUAGUUGGCGAGAUGAAGUUUAGUAGUACAACGAGAAUGGUAGAAUCUCCUUCGGACCAAUAGGUGGACAGACUGAUAUUACGAUUCGAGGGGUUGAACACGAAAUGUGUUCUGAAUUACAAACUAAUAUCGGGGUAUACAUACUAUUGUAAAGAAAAUUUUUCGAUACCUUAUAGUACUUAGUAAUAGGAAGUCUCGAGCAGAUUUAUAUUUAAUACUUAGGCAACUACGUGCGUUUUCACCCGCGGCCAGUUAUUAUUAUUAGAAUCAUACUCUUGUAUUGUAGCCUACAAUACCUACAAUUUGUAGGUCUUAAGAUAUUCGUAUCUUUAGUUUCUAAGUAAUUUUUAUGUUUAUUAUUAAUAUAAGCUAUCGUGUUUCAUAGAUCUGCGCGCAAUUCGUUACGUGUCAAUAACGAAAGCCAAACGCAACGCUACUUAAAUUUAUUUAACGUAUUAGAUAGCCUUUAUUUAACUAACGUUACUAGAAUUAUACUUUCAUUCUUUUUCUAAGCACUGACUAGGAGAAUUAGCGAGUGCAACGAUGUUGCAUUAGUUAGUAACCAUGACAAUUAAUAAUAAAUCUGAAUUUUGUUGUAAUCUAAGAUAACGAGUUAUUGAAGAUGUAGAGUUUAUUUUGUAUGUGAACAUGUAGGUAUUUUUAUACGAAAUAAAACGUAUUUUUUUUUCUUUAAAUUAACAUUACAUUAAUUUAACGCAUAUCGUUGCAGACAUAAACAUGCCAUUGUUUGAACAGAUGCUUAUCAGUUUAAUCUACUCCUUUGUGUAUAUAUAUAUAUAUAUAUAGAGAGAGAGAGAGAGAAAAUUACAAGAACAUUGAAAGAAAUACAUGAUCAUGCGUUAGAUUAAUGUAAUGUGUAACUUAUAAGCAAAUGCCUUUCUGUUUAGAAUCAAUAAAAUGUUCGAUAAUACUGUACUUAAGUAACUUGUAUUAGUCAGAUGUACACACCGAUGACGUAUGUAACGAACGAGUUAUUAUACCAGUUCUACGGCUUAACGUAUUUAUAAAUGUAUUAUAGUAAAUUACACCGUACGUUUAAUUUACGACAAAACCUUUCCCACUAAGUGUACUUUCCUUUUCUAUUACAGUAGCUUUCGUAUUAAUACUUUAACAAAUGGUUUCAACUCGAUAACAUUCAUGUAUUAUAUAACUGUGCAUUGCAGAUUUAUUUUCUGUAUCGUCAUGUAUACAUUGUACAUAAAUGAUAUUAAUACAAU